AUGUUUGGCCCAUUCCGACCCAGUCAGCCGCUCUCCGGUGGUCUCCUAUGGAAAAUCCCAUGGCGACUUUCAUCUCCUCAAAAGCAGCGCCAUCGCCAAAGGCUGCGACGCGUCGAUAGCGUAGUCGCAGUUCUCGACAACGCGCUGCGCAAACAGCAAAACUCCUCCAUCUCACCGCAAUCAACAUCCGCAUCCUCAGAAGCUCCGGCUACCGUCUCUACCUCCGAAGGCACAGCAACAGCCGAGGAGCUCUCCACAACAGCAGAAGGGCAGCGCCUCCUCGCCGCCUCAACACCAAAGUCGAAGAGUCUUGCUGCAGUAAGACAUGGCAAGGGACCCAAGCAAGGCGACUGGGUGCCCUCGACGAAUCCAGUAGGCGUGCCUACGCCUGGGAAAAAGUUAUUACGGGAUGUGGUGCGAGAGACAGGAACGACAAAAUUGAUUGAACGAUGGAAAGCAGAAAUGCCAACGGAAGCGGAGAUGCAGCCGAGGGACAAGUACAGCAUGUUCGACAAGAAAGUGAGAGGGUACAGAAAGGGCAUUCAUAAAUUGCCCAAGUGGACGAGGAUGAGCCAGAGAUUGAACCCACCAGGUUUCUAGAGAAAAUGUGGAAAAUACAGGCAUACAGCGCGGCGUUCUUUACUUCGGGACACGAGAUGAGGACACAUUGCGCCGGACUUCUUUGAGAAGCCACCUGAGGAGUCCUCAAGAAGUGAUUGAGCAAGUGUACAAUACGGUCGGACAUCGCACACUACGACGACUUUCAUCGGUUUAAGCCGGGACACGCAUUUGCAGGUGCGGGUGCGACGCUGGGGUAAUUCAUACCUCCCGAAUGGUUUUCGGAACCGCACCUACAGCGUGAGCACCGGGUUCAAUGUCACCACUGCCGA